AAUUCGUUUUAAUUGAAUUGGACUGCCGAGCGUGUCUGGUGCGCAUUCCCAUUCCGUUAUCUUUCGGCAGAUGGCAGUCAAUUAAAGGCCAGCAAUUCUGCAAACCGAACUUGCAACAGACCCCAGUGUCAUUGUUUAUAUCGUCGGCCUGCAAUGCACUCGGUGUGUGCGCGAGUCAUUCAAUGAAUCGAUGAACUUACUUUAAAUCUUUCCUUCUGUGAUAAUUUGGAGGAGGAGUGAGAAGGGGAGAACGAAGGACUGGAUUCUGCGGAGUUAGUUUGAGUCGCAACGAACGGGACUUGGAAGUUUGCAAGGAAAUUGAAGCGAGCUUCGCCUAGGGAGCUGCGACUGCGGCGGAGCGCCGGCAAUGGGAGUUUAACUCCGGUUUUGGUGGGCGCUGUAUCGGGGUACACACAUACACAGAGGCACACAUCCUUUCGGCAGAACAAAGUGGCCCGGAGAGAAGAUAACCCUCGAGUGAAUUUUUAUUUUAUUUUUUAUUUUUGCAAAUUUUUUCCUUUUUGCAAAAUUUACUUUUCUUUGGCGAAAAUUUCUCUUUUUUUUUUGUAAGGAGGUUUAAAGUAGAAAAGGAUGGCGAAAGAUCACCUGAAACCGCGUCUGUGCCAUAUGAUAAAGGAGGAAGGUGGUUACGGUUUCCAUUUGCACGGCGAGAGGGGGAAGCCCGGUCAAUACAUCCGCAAAGUGGAGCCCGGAUCCCCGGCAGAAGCCUCGGGUCUGUCCGCAGGGGACCGGGUUAUUGAAGUUAACGGGCACAAUGUGGAGAAAGAAACCCAUCAUCAGGUUGUGCAGCGGAUCAAAGCCAUGGAGCAUGAAACGCAGCUGCUGGUGGUGGAUAAGGAGACGGAUGAGUACUUGCGUAGUCAGCACCUUGCUAGCACAGGGGACUAUGACCAGACUCUCCCUGCAGAUGACUCCAAGGACAAUGGGCUGGUGUGGAAGCAGCAAGUUGUAUUAACCAGCGGGGAGCCCACAAGAUUAUCCAUCAGGUCCAUUGAUGGGACCAAGAAGGAACUCAAUGGACAAGCCAAGGAACCCUGCCCACGACUCUGCUGCAUGAAGAAGAGCCCUAAUGGCUAUGGAUUUAAUCUUCACAGUGAGAAAGCAAAGCCUGGACAGUACAUCCGAUCCGUCGAUCCAGACUCCUGUGCAGCCAAGGCUGGCUUACGCCCUCAGGACAGAGUGGUGGAGGUGAACGGUGUUAACAUUGAAGGGAAGAAACACAGCGAGGUUGUGGCUUGUAUCAAGGCCAGUGAAGAGGAAGCCAGGCUGCUGGUGGUGGAUCUAGAGACCGACCAGUACUUCAAGAAACUGGGAAUAACUCCAACCGAAUCGCAUCUGAAAGGGUUUUCACAGCAGCUUGCAAACGGAUCUCCACGGACACAGCAGGUUAAUGGAGAAUCUCCCGCAUCUCUCAACCAUGGCUACUACAGCCCCAAUGAGGGGACAGAGGUGAAAAGAGAAGGGAACAGCGACCCGUUCGUAGAGAGUGGAUUGAAUUUGAGCCCCACAGCAGCUGAGACCAGGGAGAAAGUCCAAGCGAAGCGCAGGAACAAGCGGGCACCUCCGAUGGAUUGGAGCAAGAAGCAUGAAAUCUUCAGCAACUUUUAACGGACUAUCCCAUGGAACUCUUCAGUGACCCUGAUCUUCAGUUAAUUAAUCUUCACUCAUCCACUUGCUGUCACGGCAGAGUAAAAAUUGCCUGUUAACGUGAUUGAUAGAACACUGUGACCAAAGCUUUACUCUUUAUUUUCAAGCUAGCUACUUGCUUUGUGCAUAGAAUACGACUAGCAACAGAUCUGCUGUAGUGUGGGUUUAAGAUACAUACCGUAUACACGCCAGAGAUCUGGUCUGUCUUCCAUCCAUUAUUUUUCUUCUUUUUGUGUUCCUGACCCAGAUUUUGAUACAUUAAGUGGCCAGGAUAAUGGGAUAGAAUUAUUCUGCUAUUAUAUGGUAUGGGGGGGGGGGGGGGGGGGGGGGGGGGUGGGGGGGGGUGUCAUUUUGUAAAGUCUUUUAUGAAUUUAGAGCAUUUAAAAUCCUCGUUUGAUCCUAUUGACCUGCAGGCUAUGAAACCAUUUGCGGAGGCAGUGUAUGACUUUAUCUUUUAAGUGUCUGACGAGAUGCUUGGCUUGCAACAUCUUGGCUUACCUACUGUUGUCUUUCAUCUUGUCACAAGUUCAUUUCACCAGACAGUGGUUUAAUUGCAAAGUCUUAUUAAAUUUAAUGGCAACUUAGAUAUUGUGAGGUGGGUAAGAAAAGAGGUGGUUGUCCCUCAGGAUUACAGCCUUAAUGUAAGGCACUAUAUAGAUGAUCAGUUUACUGCACAUAAGACAUGUAUUAACUUUUUCUUUGUAUGCUAACUGCUGUUUUAAGCAGCACCGAAAAUAUUUUUUUACACUCUUUCCCUUUGAAUGUUUUCAUUUGGUUUUUAUUGAUAAUUAUGAAGUGAACUAUUUCGAGAGGGAGCACAUUUGAGCGUUCAUGGAGAUUAAAUGUUGGCCUAUUGGUAGACACUGUUACAAGUUGGCAAAAUGCGUUUGAUUCUUUUACUGGUUAUCAAUAAAUAAACGCUCAAUUACCCAAUGUAUUUAGAGUAAUAGAAAAUCCAGAAGUAAGCUUAAUUUGACCACUUGUUUUUCAAUCUGGUAGCUCAAAGAGGAAAGAUCUUGGCAUUAACCCAAAUUUGAUAACAUUCAGUCAAUACUCAAGUUGUUACCCAUUGAAUGGAAUGGUGACAUUUAUUGACACUUUGUGUGAUCCCUGCGAGUCUGUGACCAUUUGAGAUGGGGAGAACUGAGGGGAGAAAAAACAAGCGAUUGGGAUUGUUGUUGAUGGAUUUGUUGGAAUUGUUGCAAAUUGUAAAGAGGAUGGAUUUCCACAUUUAAGAGGAUAUUGUUGGUCUAAUCAGUCCCUUGUCACUGCUAAUUUCUCCGAAUUUUACAGCUGUAAGAAAUCAUUCAUUUCACUUCUAUUCCCGCUGAAAAGAGGUUUCUUGUGCAGUGAUCUGCACUUUGUGGAUUAGCGAUUUUUUCCAGGGGACUGUGCUUCAUUCUUUCUGCCUCUUGCAUCUCGCAAUCUCUGAACCACUUAUUUUGUUUUAACCCAAGGCCAAAUCUAGGUGCCACAUGUAGGAGUCGCUGUUAUUGAUCAACUAGGACCAUCACACAGGAGGGGUAAGUUGAGGAUUAUACGUCCAGUUUAGACAAGACCUUUUUAGCAUUUAGUGCUGAAAAGUGGACGAACUUUGAAAAUUGUUUGAUUAAAUUGGUGGGAAUACUCAGCAGAAACUUUGAGGGCAGAAUGAGGGCGAACAUUUCAGGUAAAUUGUCUUGCAUUCCAACCUCUCCGUCCAACUUUAAUUUUACGUCGUAGACCUGAAAUGUUAAUUUGGUUUCCUCCUCCAUAGCCGACAGCGGGUAAAGUAUUUCUAGCAUUUUCUUUUCCUUUGCUUGUCUCCGAUUUUGGGAAUCUGCAAUUUCCCCUCCUCUUCUUUUUGACACUUGUAUGAAAUGCUGGAAGUGUACUCCUGAAAAUAAAACAAAAAAGCUAGGAAAAAAGUUUUUUUUUAAGUGGAAGGUAUACAAUUAUGGACUCUGCGCUGAAAUGUUUAAAGUGACGUCUCAACCAUCUCUGCGGACAGGAAUUAUCUUUGCUUUCUUGCUGAAUACUUUGCAGUUAAUAACGUAAGAUGGUUAGCUAUUUAAAGGAAAGCAUAUAAACAUUGAUAUAAACCUGCAGAUUUCUGAUUCCAGUGACUUGUGCCGUUGUUAUGCCUUACACUUAAUUUAGUUUGAGUCUCAAAUAAACACAUUUCAGUAACUUGUAUUAUAGAUUGUACUCUGUGCAUACUGUAUAUUGUUAAUAAAUGUAUUUCAGCAUGA